CUAUGGUUUCCGGCGCUGACGCGCUAGGGGAGGUGGCGCUCUAGCGGCAGGCUGAGCGGCUUUGUGAUUCCCGAGACGCUCUAUGCGGACGUGGGGAGCUCUAUGGUCUCCGUAGCGGCGCUCUAGACCGUUCUCCCCGAUCUCGAUGGCUCCGCGCCGCCGGGCCGGGAGGGCGGAAGGGACGUUGCCCUUUUAAGCCAAGGGGCGGCGGGGUCCGCAUGAGCCGCCAUGGAGCCGGACACGCUGGAGUUGUGGAUCAACAGGGCUACGAAUCCUCUCAACAAGGAACUGGACUGGGACAGCAUCAAUGCUUUCUGUGAGCAGCUGAAUAAGGAGCUAGAAGGUCCUCCGCUUGCCACCCGACUUUUAGCUCACAAGAUCCAGUCUCCGCAGGAAUGGGAAGCCAUCCAGGCCUUAACGGUGCUGGAGACCUGCAUGAAGAACUGCGGCAAGCGCUUCCACGACGAGGUGGGCAAGUUCCGCUUCCUCAACGAGCUCAUCAAGGUGGUGUCGCCCAAGUAUCUAGGCAGCCGGACUCCUGAGAAGGUGAAGUUGAAAAUCCUGGAGCUGAUGUACAGCUGGACGCUGGGGCUGCCUCAGGAAGUGAAGAUCACAGAGGCCUAUCACAUGCUGAAGAAACAAGGAAUCGUGAAGAGCGACCCGAAGCUGCCGGAUGAGGCUCCCUUGCCCCUGCCUCCCCCCCGGCCCAAGAACAUCAUCUUUGAUGAUGAGGAGAAGUCCAAGAUGCUGGCUCGCCUGCUGAAAAGCUCCCAUUCUGAGGACCUCCGGGCUGCCAACAAGCUCAUCAAGGAAAUGGUUCAGGAGGACCAGAAGCGAAUGGAGAAGAUCUCCAAGCGUACGAACGCCAUCGAGGAGGUGAACAACAACGUGAAGCUGCUGACGGAGAUGGUAACCAACUACAGCGAGGGGGAGACAACGGAGAGCAGCGAGGACCUCAUGAAGGAGCUGUACCAGCGCUGCGAGCGCAUGAGGCCCAUGCUCUUCCGGCUCGCCAGCGACACAGAGGACAACGACGAGGCGCUAGCGGAAAUCCUGCAGGCCAAUGACAACCUGACCCAGGUGAUCAACCUGUACAAGCAGCUCGUGAGAGGAGAGGAGAUCAAUGGAGAGACUGUGGCUGGCCCCCUCCGAGGCAGCACCUCAGCCCUCCUGGACCUGUCGGGACUGGACAUGCCAGCGCCGGGCCCCUCCUACCCAGCCUUACCCACCCUGUUGGGUGGCUCCAUGCUCCCUGUGCCUGACCCAGCCAGCUCCGUCUCCCUGCUGGAUGACGAGCUCAUGUCUCUCGGACUGAAUGACCCGGCCCCCCAGGCUGGGGACAGCAGCGGCUGGAACAGUUUCCAGGAUAGUAGUGAGCCCAGCCUGCCCUCCGUCCCAGCUGCUCCGGCACUUAAAGCAGAAGCAGGAACACCCGCCCCGGGCCCUUCCCCUGUCACCAGUGGCCUGGAUGACCUGGAUCUGCUGGGGAAGACUCUGUUACAACAGUCCCUGCCUCCAGAGUCACAGCAAGUCCGAUGGGAGAAGCAGCCUCCCCCCCGGCUCACAUUACGGGACCUCCAGAACAAGACAAGCUCUGGCACCUCAGUGACUGCCACCAGUAGCACCCCCACCCUGCUCCGGAGCAUCUCCUCGAGCCCUGCGGCCCCCCUACCACCUCCUUUGGAGCAGCCUGCCCCUGCCACGCUUCCGAGAACCACCCCCACGCCAGCCGGAGCUAUGCCGCCCCCGCUGGGGCUCGCCACUCCCACAUCCCCCCAGGAGAUCUCGCUGGCGAACAUCACAGUGCCUCUGGAGUCUAUCAAACCGAGCAGCAUCCUCCCAGUGACAGUCUACGACCAGCACGGCUUCCGGGUCCUCUUCCACUUCGCCCGAGACUCUCUGCCCGAGCGGCCUGACAUACUGGUGGUGGUGAUCUCCAUGCUCAGCACAGCCCCGCUGCCCAUCCGCAACAUCGUUUUUCAGUCUGCCGUCCCCAAGGUGAUGAAGGUCAAGCUACAGCCACCCUCGGGGACAGAGCUCCCGGCGUUUAACCCCAUCGUCCACCCGACUGCCAUCACCCAAGUCCUGCUGCUUGCCAACCCGCAGAAGGAGAAAGUGAGACUACGAUACAAGCUGACCUUCACCAUGGGGGAGCAAACCUACAAUGAAAUGGGGGACGUGGACCAGUUCCCCCCUCCAGAGUCCUGGGGCAGCCUCUAGGGCCACGGGAAGGCUGCUUUUCCCGAAUCCCAAGGACUCCGCAUGCCUGCAGGACUGGAGUCCCCUGGGGCCGGCGCGUGGACUCUGAAACUAGCCACUGGGGCCAGGGGGCAGCAGCCGUGUGUGUGAAGGCCUGCGGAUGAGAGCCGAGCCAAGAGAAGGAGGGUGUCGGCUCAGUACAGGGUGGGGGACCGGCAUGGAGCAAGAAGCUGCUCUGACCGUCUUCCCUGCUCUUGUAAUCCAGCCUCCCCUCCUGCUUCUCUUCUAACCCCGCUUCCCCUUCAGCAUUAGGCGUAAUGAUCAGCUGAGAGCAACACUAACAAACCCUGGCCUGGGGGCAGAAUCCGGGGAUCCUCCUUCCUCUUCUGAUGUAGGGCCUUUGCUGCUCCUGACCCCGAUCUGCUUCAGACUCCCCAUCCCUACUCCUCGCAAACUCCACUCUGGGACCUCUGGGGGUAACUCUUUGGGGGCUCCCCCUUUGCAGCCGGGCCUCAAGUUGUCUCUCCCCACCCCGUCAUGAUUCCCUACCCACGGUGGGAUCACCUCGAGAAACCGUGUGGAGCAAGGCUGAACGGGCUGGGCGAGGGGCCCUGACCUCCCUUCACUGCAGAGCAGGCAUCCGUCCCUGCUGGGGGCAGGUUUCCCAGAGUCCUUGGCUCCCGCCCAGGGACAGAGCAAUGCUGGGGAGGCUGGCUGCUCUGUGACACUGAGCCUGUGUAAUGCCAGCAGGGAGCUCUUCAGUUCCAUGGCACCCAGGCUGCAUCCCGGCUCCCAGCCGCUGACUCUAGCCCGGGGAGGGGGUUCUGGAACUGGCCAUGCCCCGUCAGACCGUGUCCCAUUGCAGCAAGCGGUCAGGGUCAUGGUGGGGGCGGGGGGCAACAUGCCGUAUGCGAGAAGGACUAGCAAGAAAGCAGCCUGGCCUUCUUGGGCAGCAGUGAGGGAGAGGAGCAGGUAUGAAGCAUGUCUCCACCCCUGGGCUUGGCUGAGGCUGUUCCGACCCGCAGGCUCCUCCCCUCCCCUCCCCACCUGUUGCAAGAGCCUGGGGUGAGAAGCAGCUAAAAGCCCUUCUUCCAUCUCGCCGUUUGAACUCCUUGGUUUGGGGGGUUUAUGUCCUUCCUCUUGUGAGGAUGGGCCAGCAGGGGAGUCCCCCCCCACCCCACCCCACUCGCCACCCGGGAGAGCGCAGGCAGCUGCCUGAGGACUUCAAAGGGGAACCCCACUGGUAGAGCCCCACAUGUUGGUACGGGGGAAGGGGGCAUUUCUCGGCACUGUUCCCGGAGGAGCUGACAUAGUGCAGGUUAGUGAUGAGGGAGCCCAGAUUCCAGAGGGCUCUUUGGAGGGAGAUGGGAAACUCCUGAUGCUCCAUCUGACUGACAUAAGGGCAGGUCUUUCUCCGUGCAUCAGAUUCCAGCAGUUCAAUCACUGUGACGCAAAACUGGUAUCUGCUGGACCAUGAUGCUGGUAGGGAGGGGAACGGAUGGAUUAAUAGUUGAGCUGCAAGCUGCGUCCUUCCCCACUACACCCUCACCUUGCUGAUCAGCUUGCAGGCUGCACUAACCCCUCUUCCCCUGCCAACCCCCAGACAGGUUUCAGGCUCUGUGCUGAGAGGGCUCCAUCUAUUUGCAAUUGACCUGCAUGUCAUAGGCAAAACCUCUCCCUGGAGAUGCCUUGGAGAGGGUGCCGGCAUAGGGACCUUGUCCAUGAGUGAGGGCUCAAUCCAUGUGUCAGAGGCCAACCAGUGGGGCUGUGCUCCUGUCUUGGGGGAAUCAGAAUUGCUCUGGGGAUGGGGGGUAGAGCAUGGAGUGGGAGGAUGGGUUGGAGGGAAGGCCUCUGUGAGGUGGGGCUCUGCUGCAUCUAUUUUCUUUUCUGGUCUCUUUCAGGGUUUUUGUAUGGAUUUUCUUUGCAGAUCUUGUUGGUUCUCGAACAGACUUGUAUAUAUUUUCGGUGCAAAUUCUGUACAUGGAAAAGGAUUUAAAAAACCGCCCGGCGCGAAAUCUGCUGUAUUUAUGGGAAAUAAAGAGUGUUCUUUCCUGA